AUGACAUAUUUCUUCCUGUACACCUGGAACGCUUCCUUCUGUAAGGAGGAAAUUGAUGAAGAAAAUGUUAUUUUAACGCUGGUCCCAGUGACAGAGGAGCCCAUGAUCGAAGUGUCUACCGAAUCAAUUAUUUCUUCACCCAUUGGCCUCCAGCCACCAGUUCCUCCUGUGCCAACUUUUGAGGCUAGCAAGCCUCCAGCGUCCCUACAAGUGCCCCAUCUGCCAGCUGUGCUGCCCCCCAUUAAUGAUGUGUCCCGGAACACUCUUCGGGAAUGGUGUCGCUAUCACAACUUGAGUACAGAUGGAAAGAAAAUUGACGUUUACAAGAGACUCCAGAAGAAUUCGUAUUCCAAACAGCAAUGCCACAUUCCUGACACAUCUCUUGAAGCCAGACUGAAGACACUUCCCAGGAAACCCAAGACUGUUGUCACCAAAGGAUCCAAGCCUGAAAAUCUCAACAGUAGUAGGAGUGAGGAGACCGGUAUAGUUGAAGUGCUAACUUCAGAAAGGGAGUCGGUAUUCGCAACCUGGGGAAGGAUUGCUAUGAGAGCUACCCAGCCUAGAAAUGUGAACCGACAACCUCUUCCCUCUAAUGUAAAGGCCUUUCUGCCACCAACCACUGGAUCCAGGUGGUGUGUUGUCCACGGCAGAAUGCUCCCUGCAGAUAAGGCAGGCUGGGUGUACCUGCAGAUGCACGCCGGUCAUGCCUGGGUUCCAGACACUCCGCAGAGGAUGAUGUGUCUCUUCCUAUUACCAGCCUGUGUUUUCCCAACCCCAGGAGUGGAAGACAACCUGCUGUGCCCUGAAUGCGUCCACAGCAAUAGGAAGAUGUUGAGAAAUUUUCAAAGCGAGAAACGCUCUGCAAAGAAACACAAAAAGCUAUCUCCAAAUUUGCCAACUUAG